AUGACGUGGGGCGCGGAGCCGGUUGCAUCUGCUGCCUAUCGCAACGGUUGGCCCGAUUUCCCCGGGAACGUGCGUGACCACGUGGACUCUAUCCAGGAGCUAGUGGCCUCUCAUCCGGAGUUGGGCUACUGGUCUAUCGGGCGCAGGCUUGAGCAAAAGCUCUGCGUGAGGCUACCCACUGCCAAUCUGAAGGUUACCGAUCGCAUCAUGCAGGAGCUGUCUGAGGGUCGCGCCGCGGUGGGCUCGCCGCAGUUGGAGGAGUUCUAUCGGAACGUGCGGGAGCACGCAGCCGACUUUUCCGGGAACGUGCGUGACCACGUGGACUCUAUCCAGGAGCUGGCGGCCUCUCAUCCGGAGUUGGGUUACAAGGCUAUCGGGCGCAGGCUUGAGCAGAAGCUCUGCGUGAGGCUAUCCACUGCCAACCUGAGGGUUAUCGAUCGCAUCAUGCAGGAGCUGUCUGAGGGUCGCGCCGCGGUGGGCGGGCCGCAGUUGGAGGAGUUCUAUGGGAACGUGCGGGAUCACGCAGACUCUAUCAGAGCACUCGUGGCGGCUCACCCUGGCAUGGGGUACAGGGGCAUUUCGAAGGAGUUCCAGAAGCACAUCCGGUUGAGACUAUCCCCUGCCCACAUGCAGACAGUGAAGCGCAUCGUGGACGGCAUCUCGCAGGCCCGUGCUGCGCCGAGCACGCAGCGGGAUACGGACAACUAUGAGGUUGCCUCUGCGGACGUGCGCCACCACUCUGCCACCAUCAUGGAGCUCAUGACGCGUCACCCAACCAUGGACUAUCAUGGCAUCGCAGUCGAGCUCGAGAAAGUGCUUGGGGUGGAGCUAUCUCAGAGUCAGAAGGAGGGCAUCUCUUCUGUCAUGGCCGAGAUCAGCAUCGACCUCGUCACCGACGACGAGGCUAUGUCAGAGGAGUCGGAGGUCGGCGAUAUAUUUUCUGGCAGCGUGCGUGAUCAUGUGGACUCCAUCAGGGAGCUUAUGGCCUCUCAUCCGGAUGAUGGGUAUAAGUCUAUCGGAAGCAUGCUUGGGCAGAGGCUUGGCGUGAAGCUAUCCACCGCCCACUUGCAGGUGGUCUAUCGCAUCAUGAAGGAGCUGUCGGAGGGUCGUGCGGUGGAGCCGGACUGGGGGGAGUUCUCCGGGGACGUGCGGCAUCACGUUGAUUAUAUCAGAGCACUGGUGGCGCUUCACCCCGGCCUUGGCUAUAAGGGCAUUGCGCAUGAGUUCGGGCAGCACAUUCGGCAGAAUCUAUCUCAGGCUCAUGUGAGCGUUAUCCAGCGCAUCGUCGAUGGUAUUUCUCGGGGCCGUGCUGUCUCGCAGCGGGCGCGGUCUGACUGCGCGGAGGGCGCAGUGGACGUGCGGGACCACGUGGAGACUAUCGAGGAACUCAUGAUGCAGGACCCGAGCCUGGACUAUCAGGGUAUUGCCCGUCAGCUCGAGGACAAGUUGCAGGUGCAGCUAUCUGAUGGUCAGAAGAAGGCAAUAUGUGGACUGAUGGCCCAGAUCGGUAUCCACCUUCUGGCUGAUGAUAAGGCUUUGGAUAUCGAGGCUUUUAAUGGGGACGUGCGGGAGCACGUGGAUGCUAUCCGUGAUCUUGUCGCUUCUCACCCUGACUCCGGGUACAGGGUUAUCGGCAGCAUGCUGGGGGAGCAGCUCGGAGUCAGGCUACAGUACGCCCACCUCCAGAUGGUCUAUCGCGUCAUGACUGAGCUCGCCGAGGGCCGCGCCGCGGUGGGCGUGGCUAUUCGACAGCAGCCUGAGCGUCAGAACUAUCCUGUCUUUACUGGCAACCUGCGGGAGCACUCGUGCGCUAUCAGGGAGCUACUGACGCAGCAUCCUACCGCUGGUCGGGUUUUUAUCUCUCGCGAGCUGGGGCUUCUCAUCGGGCGGCGCCCGUUGUGCAGCAACUUGUCGAUGCACAUGCCGACUUCGCGGCGCAGCGCAAAGCUGUGCAGCAUUACUAUGAGCGUGGUGUUACCGAGGCGGUGUUCCGACGUUGGAAGUCUGAACACUAUGCGCCUGAUGCUGAAGGGCGUCCUGUUCGAGGACAAGUAUGUGGAUUGCGCUGCUAUCUGCUGGUCACGGCGCGUGCGAGCGAAGACCGACGAGGACUUGUCUCUGCAGGCGAAGAUCAAGGUCGUCUAUCGCGAGGCGGUGCCGUAUUGUAUGUUGCGGGAGGCGCGCCACAGGGCGGCCACUAUCCGGCGCUGGGAUGCGGAGCGUCGACGGGAGUUCUCGGCGGCGUGCUAUGGCGCUUGCCCGUGCCGAACUGUGCUCCCUUCUGGCUCACGCGGGGCCGAGGUGCUUCAGGGCUAUCGCUUCUUUGUCGGCUACGAGAACUGGGUCUGCUGCCAGCAGUGCGGCUACCGCUGGCAGGUUCACAAUGGCCAGGUUUCUGGGCAGAGGUUAGUCUAUGGUGAAACGCUUCGCGCAGACGCCGUCCAGCGUCUGCCUCUUGUCCGUACCUGUUGCGACCGCGGCUAUGGCACCGCGUGUUCUCUGCCCCUGGAGGCGUUCCUGUGGCCCCUUCCCGCGGAGAUCGAGGCGGGCGUGAAGACCGAGCAGCUGUAUUUGGUGCCGCAGAAGAAGCACUGGCCGGUCUAUUUGCCGGGCCUUCAGCGAUUCGUGACCGCCUAUGACUUCGGCCCGCGCCUCGCGGCAAUGCGCGAGGCGAUGCUCCAAGGUCCGGUGGACACGAGGGAUCUGGACGAGCUGGUGGCGCUGGUGGAGGAGCAUGCUGUCUAUGCAGAACUUGUCAGGCAGCACGGCACGGAGGGCAUCGUUAGUCUCCUGGACAUCACCAAGGACGAGGCUGCCACUAUCACGCCGUACCUGCUCUUCGUCACGAAGCAGAAGGAGCGGGGCUCUGUCACGAAGGGUCCUACCUAUAACUGGAAGAAGACGCAGGUUUGCCGCGUGAACUACAACAGCGAGGACCUUGAAACCUGUGGUGCUAUGACUCCGAGGGCUCGUGCCGCGUAUGACUGGCUCAUGGCGCACAACCGCACCUAUCGGCGCUAUGUUAUUCGGCACAAGCAUGAGCUGGCCGCCCCUGUGGAGGACCGGGAAAUGUACAUUGCCACCUAUCGGUUGCUCAUCCAGUGUCGCGGCAUCGAGGUGGCGCUGUGCCCCGUGCUCUAUCCCUGGGAGGUCUUUAGCGACAGUGACGUCAGCAGCUGGGCCAAGGACCACGAGCUGGUGAAGCCGUCCCAGCAGCCCACUAUCAAGUCCAACUUCCUGCGGAAGGUGCGCUCCCGCUGUCGGACCCAUGGCGACGCGGAGGCCGUGCCGGACCUGGCCUUCCUGCUCUAUGAUAUGGCAACCGCGCAGCGCAUCUCCGCCAGCCUUGCUAUCGCGGAGCGCCAGGGCAUCACGCCCGAUGUCGUCGCUGACAAUAGCUCGACGUCCGAGAGCUAUUGGCGUCACGAGCAGGACAUCCUAUGCGACGUCGUUCGCCAGCACGCUCUGUUGCGUGGGGUGGUGAAGGCCCCCCCCAACCUGUUCAUCACCAUCGCUCCGGCGGAGUGGAAGGUGUUCCUGCACGAGCCUCUAUUUGCCGACUGGAAGGCCGCGGAUCGCUUGUCGGCGUGCCAGGGGUUGUUGGCAGAGCACAUCUAUGAGCUGCUCUAUGAUGGCAUGAAGCAGAUUCUCCGCCCGAACGAGUUCUUAGAGGAGGUCUUUGACUAUGUCAUUCGCCUGGAAUUCCAGGGCCGCAAGACAGAGCACAUCCAUAUUGCGGCCUGGGUGCUCCCCAAAGGCCGUCUAUCUGGUCGUAGCGGCCAGGCGGACCGGUCCGCCUUCGUCAUGUUCCUGGAGGAGGUGUUCCGCGGCUCCGUGGACGUGCAGGAGGGCUAUGGGUUUUUGAACUAUAUCAACGGCUACGUCGUGAAGGCCAAUCAGUCUAUGGAUUUUCAGCCCGACGCGGCUCGAAGCGCCGGAGAUGAACACUCGGCGUGGCGUACGACCUAUCGUAUGCUGUGCAAGCUGGUGCCGGGUCUGCCGGAGGUCUAUCUGGAUUUCGUGGGUGCCAAACGCAUGUUUCGCACGUUCGGCGUCGUCAGCGCGUACGCUAUCAUACCCGCCGCGGAUGACAAGCACAUCAACGACACCAAGCGGCUGUAUAAAUUAUAUCUCAAGCGGGCUUGUGUUGGGAAUGAACCGAGGCCGUGCGGCAGCUUUCUCAGCUACCUCCGCGUCUAUAACUUGCGGAUGGGGACCACAACAGGGUCAUCCAACGCAGAGGAUAAUUUCAUCGGCCAGUUCUGCACUAUGAUGUUCCCGCACGGGCCCCCCGGCACCUUUGUUCCUCCAUUAGAUAGUGAUCCCGAGCUCAUCCCCUUCACGAAGCACUAUCUCAAGGCUGUGAAGUAUCUGCGGCACCUCGAGUGCCUGAAGGGCACGCGUCCUGCUUGCGAGCAAGCUAUCCGCCUGCAGGUGCAGGCCAUGCUGCUGCGGGAGGCCAAUCGUAUCGCCGAACUGUGCGACGCUUCCGUGGAGUCUAUAGGUGAUCGUCUUCAUGAGUAUAGCUGGGAGCCCUUCGACAGUUGGCCCUGGCUCCCACCGCCUGACUCCGACUCCGAGGACGCCUUUAUCCGCCCGGCAGUUCAACUGUUCCAUCCUCUGAGAUGUGCUGACGACACUCAGGGCGCCUAUGGUAAGCCUUUCCACUGCGUCGACGCGGCGCUUCAUUACCUCGAGGACGUGAUUGGUGCGGAUCUGCGCAUCCGCGUGUCUCUCGGGCGUCAUUGGUCUUUCCGGGCGCGGCUCCAUGCCGUGCACGUCUACUAUAACCACAUGCAUUUCUGCUUUGAUAAUCCCGAGGCUAUCCCGCCGGAUGCGCGCCGCAGGGCUGACUGCCUGUUGCCGGACAUGCAGAACCGAUACUACGAACAGUAUGAGAGAGAGCGGAGGAGAUGUCAGGCGCAUGCGCGGCCUCGCAUCACAUGGUCUGCAGACCAGCAGGAGGUGCUGAAAGUGGUAGACGGUGUGCUCUCCCGAGCCGACGCUAACAUCGUGCAGCAGCAGUUCUACUAUGUGAACGGGAAGCCAGGCAGCGGCAAGACGGAGGUCCUCUGCGAGGCUGCCCGCCGGGCCGCGGACGCUGGUCUCCACGUCCUGAUUCUCGGUCCCACGGGCACUCUGGUGCACACCUAUAAGACCAAGGUUCAGCACGACAACAUCAACGUGGAGACUAUAUAUUCCGCGUGGCACAUCUAUCGCAGGGCCGACACUGUUGUGGACUAUGCGCCGCCGUCGCGCUUGCGCACCUAUGAUCUAAUCAUCAUCGACGAGGCGUCGCAGAUCGAGGACGACGUGGCCGUCCGCUUGCACAACGGCUUCAGGGAGUUGCCGCAGCGGCCCACUAUCUUCUUUGCUGCGGACUUCCAGCAGCUGAAUCCGCUCGGUAGUUCGUCGGCUAUGCGCACGUGGAUCACUGUCAUGACCACUAUUUCGCUGUUCACUAUACAUAGGACAAAUGAUGAUCGUCUAUUAUCUUUCCUACGAAAUGUCCGGGUGAAGCAGCCGAGCAAGGCAGUUAUCCGGGCCUUCUUCGCUGGGCGUACCUGGGACUCUAUCAGCUCGGAGCAGGCCGUGCGGAGGGGCAUGCAUCUCGGCGCUAUUCGCGAUGAGCCCUUCCACUGGCUCACCGUGACCAACAAGGGGGCGGAGGCUGUGAAUCUUGCGUGUCUGUCGGCGUGCGGCUACGACAAGCCUGAGAACCUAUCGCCGCUCUGCGGCGACCUCAAG